AUGGCGAAUUCUGUCAGCCCAUAUACCAUUGACAACCUCCCAUAUGGAGUCAUCUCUACUAAGGACAAGCCCAAAAAGCGAUGUGCAGUUGCGUUCGAGGAUUCUGCAAUAGACAUUGAUCUGCUAUACCACGAAGGCUUCUUCUCCUCCAUCGCCGAGCUGAAGGAUAAUGUCUUUGCCCACGGCAACUGGAACGCCUUUGCAGUCCUACCAGCAGGCGUCCGGACUGCCUUUCGAGGUCUGCUCAAAUCUGGGAUCGCGGAUGGCAGCGUCCAGAAAGCCAUGGUACCGUUGGCCAGCGUCCAGAAUCAUCUGCCUAUGCACAUACACAAUUUCUCGGAUUUCUACUGCUCACUUGAGCACACCAAGAAUUGCUCCGACGUCUUCAACUUGACCAUUCAGCCGAACUGGUUCAAAAUGCCGUCGGUGUACAAUGGCCGCACUUCGAGUCUUGCGGUGUCAGGGACUCCGUUCCACCGCCCUUGUGGGAUGUACCCUGACUCACGAGGCUCGGACCAGAUCUCUUUCAAGCCAGAAUCGCACAUGGACUAUGAACUAGAGAUGGGUGUGUGGCUGUCUAGGCCCGUCCCUAAGGGCCAACGAGUGAAGAUCGCCAAUGCCCACGACCACAUUUUUGGCCUGACGCUGCUGAAUGACUGGUCAGCGCGGCAGAUUCAGGGUUUCGAAAUGCCGCCUCUGGGCCCGUUCCAUUCCAAGGGUAGCUGUACCACUGUGAGCUCUUGGAUUGUCCCAAUCGAGGCCCUCGAGCCGGUGAGAUGCGAGAGGAAGACCAAGCAAGAACCUGCACCGCCGCCACAUCUCACUUGGCAAGAGGACGACAAGGCGACGUUCGACAUCGACUUGAAUCUUACUCUGCUUCGGGAUGGCACGUCGUAUACUUUGUGCGAAAGUAACCUCAACGAGUUGCAUUGGACACCAUACCAACAAAUAGCGCAUUUGUCUGCUGCGGGCGAGGGUCUUUCCCCAGGAGAUGUGUUUGGCACGGGCACCAUCUCAAGUCCCCGUACGAACGCCGAUGGCGAAAGGAUUGGACUUGGAUGUCUCUUUGAGCGAAACUUGCCUAACGCACGACUCAAGUCGAUGCCAUCGGACUUGGUAGACACGUUCCUCAAGGACGGCGAUGAAAUCAUUUUGCAGGGAUGGUGCAAGGAUAAAGCUUCUGGAAAAGUGAUCCUUGGAUUUGGUGAAUGUCGAGGCAAAAUCCUGCCUGCCAUAGUGGAUUGA